AUGAUAUUAUUAGAUUUUAUUUUACCUGUAAUUGGUUCUUUAAUUUUAAUUAUUUGUGUAAUAGUAAGAGUUGCUUUUUUAACAUUAUUUGAACGAAAAAUUUUAGGUUAUAUUCAAAUUCGUAAAGGUCCUAAUAAAUUAGGAAUUAAUGGAAUUUUACAACCUUUUAGAGAUGCAAUUAAAUUAUUCUCUAAAGAAAUAAUUUAUCCAAAUAUUUCUAAUUAUUUAAUUUAUUAUUUUUGCCCUGUAUUUUCUUUAUUUUUAAUUUUAUUUUUAUGAAUUAGAUUUCCUUUAUUAAUCAAAUUAUUUUCUUUUAAUUUAGGGAUUUUAUUUUUUUUAUCCUGUACAAGAAUUAGAGUAUAUAGAAUUAUAAUUGCUGGGUGAUCAUCUAAUUCUAAAUAUUCUUUAUUAGGAGGAUUGCGAGCAGUAGCUCAAACAAUUUCUUAUGAAGUUAGAUUAGCUUUAAUUUUUAUCUCUUUAAUUAUUUUAGUAUUUAGAUUUUCUUUUAUCGAUUUUUAUUUAAAACAAAUUAAUUUAUGGUUAAUUUUUUUAACAAUUCCUCUAAGUUAUGUUUGAUUAAUUUCUUCUUUAGCUGAAACUAAUCGUACUCCUUUUGAUUUUACAGAAGGAGAAUCAGAAUUAGUUUCAGGAUUUAAUGUUGAAUACGCUAGAGGAGGAUUUGCUUUAAUUUUUUUAGCUGAAUAUGCUAGAAUUUUAUUUAUAAGAAUAUUAUUUAGAGUAAUAUUUUUAGGUUCAAAUUUAUUUAAUUUAUUUUUUUAUAUAAAAUUAUCUUUUAUUGCUUUUUUUUUUAUUUGAGUACGAGGAACAAUACCUCGAUUUCGUUAUGAUAAAUUAAUAUAUUUAGCAUGAAAAAGUUAUUUACCUUUUUCAUUAUGUUAUUUAAUUUUAUUUAUUAGAUUUAAAAUAAUUUUAUUUAUUUUAAUUUUAUGAAUAAUUUAA